AUGGAAAAAACCAAAGCAUACGAAGAUAAAUUACAAGAUGAAGCAAAACAUGUUUCUAUAGAAGAGCAGAGACUUUCUAGGGCUUCCAGAUUGCCGUUUCGUGUAGUCAUUUUUGGAGAUUUCAAGAAGAUCAGCCGUAUUUUAAAGUCAGUGUUUUUCAUCAAUCAUUUAAAGACAGUCGAAACGUUUGAAUUUGGAAGAAGCCUUGCAAGUGACGAAAAUCCUCAUUUUGUAGCGACCUGUGCGAAUCUGUGUUCAUCAAAUUGCUUACCCAUCCUAUCAUGGAUAAAACAACAACAGGAGGACUCAAGUCUUUACAGGCUUCACUGCAUAUGGUGGGUUGCCGAUCUGAAUACUAUUACCUCCGAUGAUAUCCUUUUGCUGCGGUAUUUUCAAGGAUGCCGGGUACCUAUUAUAAGUAUUCUUUAUGCCUUAAAGAGUUUGGUAGGAGAUCUCCACAAACGUUACCGUGAAAGGGACGUAUUAAAUACCACUCCAAGCGUCAACGACGGGAAGGAGGAAGAUGGAAACCUUCGUCUAGCGAAGAAGAAGUUUUUGCUUUUGUCUAUGCUUUCAACCGUUUCCUACAAAAAUGAGGUAGUGCAUACAACAUGUCUUGCUCUAGAUAAAGACGAGUCAUAUCUUACGUUUGUAGCUGCUCAACAAGAGGACCCUCAUUGCAAAUUUCAUGCAGGCAUUUUAAGAGGAGUGCUGCAACUUAUAAUAGCUACCUCCGCAGCUACUACCCCAUUAGCCAUUCCCUUUUCGACAAUUGGAAUUGAGAAGUUAGCGAUUAGUCGACUAUGCAUAGACAUUAUUCAAAUAUGGGAUAUUUGCCCGGAGUCUGACUCCUUAAGAAAUGAGAUUUUGACUCAGAUUCCAAAGCCGGAGGAUAUUAUUAUGGAAGUUGGAAAAUCUAUUUUCAUGAUAAUGUUUGUACCGCUGUGGUUUAUUAAGGGAUUAUGGGAAGUUCCAGCUGCUGCCAAGCUUAUCAUUGCAAGCCUUGCUGAUGUCAGCCUUCCUAUGGAACGCAUGUAUUAUUUUGUCAAAGCCGGGGGACAACUGGAUCCUCCAAUUAUCUCUCUUUUUUUUCACUUUUAUAAGGUGUAUGUUCAGCCGAAGAUGAUGGAGUACCUAAAAGAAUCGACUACUUUUAACAUUGUUUCAGGGUUUUCUACUACAUUGGUGUACCAUGAAGCAGUGCGAGUACUUCAAAGAUUUCGCUAUGUUUCCAAAUCAAAAGCAGAAGAUUUGAAGCUUCCCCACAUUGAUCCAGAGGACGAGUCUUUUUUAUUUGAGUAA